AUGCUGGACUGGAUGAAGAGCAACGAGGGCCCCCAGGCGGCAGACACCUCCAAAGUCCUGGAGCCGCCCGAGACCCCGGCUCCUGUGUUUGCGAUUCGCGCCUUCAAGAGCGCCCUGUUUGGCACCCCAGGAGCAGAAGAGGAGGAAAACGAAGCCAAACAGGCAGAGCGCGUCCCUGACCUCAAACCCUCCGAUCACCAAUGCAGCAAAAGCGACGCAACCCAACCCUUUUCCAUUCCUACUGAAAAGAAGGAUGACGCGAAAUCGGACGACUCCUUUUUCAACCCUGCUGGCUCCCCCACGAAAAGCAUUCUGGUGACGCCCGGCACCAUCUCUAAUCGGCGGAAGACGGUCUCCUUUGGCGAGGGGGUGGUCGACAAUGAAGGGAAGCGCGAUAGCCAAUCGAGCAAAGUGCGGGGGAAUCUCACCACGCAGUGGAUGUCCGGCUCCGCCGAUGGAAAGCCUCGCAGCAAGCUUACUCAAACCCUAAUAGAUGCGCGUGACAAUGCAUCGAGGAAUGCCGACUCCGCCGGCACCACUCCCGAGAAGUCGGACGCGAAACCGGUCGCGCGUGCCCAGCCAAAGGACGAGUCCGGCUCAGAGGAUACUAUCAAUCUAGAGGACCCUCGUUCGGAGUCAGGAAAAUACUGGAAGACGGAGUUCGACAACUAUCGAUCGCGCACCAAUCGUGAAAUUAAGAAGCUGAUCCACUACCGGUCGAUCGCCAAGUCCUACGCCCGAAAGAAGGACUCUGAAGCUAUACGACUCACGGACAAACUCCUCGAGGAAGAAAAAAAGGUAGCGGAGAUGGAAUGUCAGGUGUCGCGCCUUGCAUCGACGAUUGUGGGAGAAGGAUCUCAAGGAAACAAGGAGGAAUUGAUACAGGAUCUCACCAAGCAGACAGCCCUGGCCCUGCAGUACAAGCAACAAGUGACAUCUUUGCGCAAGAUUCUCGAGCAGCAGGGUGUUGUGGAAGGAAGCACCACCAAGGCGCAGGAGCCUGCCAAGGAAUCAUCAUCUUCAAACACCUCGGAAGAGCUCCGCAAAGCACAGCAAGAGCUAAAGCAGGCAAAUGCCAAAAUUGAGGAGCUGAUGCGCCGGCAGAAUCAAGAUUCUGAUCUGAAGGCGCUGAAAAGCCUCGCGCAAAGCUCGGAGAAGAAAGCGCAGGAUCUCGAAAAAGAGAACAACUCUCUCAAGCAGACUAUGGCGCGUGUCAAGCAAGAGAUGUCAAAAUAUGAUGGCCGGCGCAAGGAGAAGGAAAACAGACUCAAGCAGAGGGAGAGCAGACUGGAGACACGGAUUCAAGAAUAUCGCGAACAGCUGAAGAAGACCACCCAGGAGCAUCGUGCAUCGGAAGACGCACUGCGAGCAAGCUUCGACGAAGAACGCCGUCGUAUGCAAACUCAGAUCGACCUGCUGAAAUCGAGAAUCUCUAAUACGGAGCGUGUACCGACUCUGCGACCCCAGCAGCGGCAGACUUUCAACCCAUGCAAAGAAUACUCGGGCGUGCGGGUCUAUGAUUUCGCGGAUCAGAACCGCCCUGAGAUAGAUGAGGCCACUGAAGACCUCGAAGCACCGCCCAGCCCCAGCCCUCGCAGCAAGGCUCGGCAUAUACGAAACGCUACAACGGGUACAAUUGACCCCAAGCGUGCGACGCAGGACAUCAACGCAGACGACGACGAAGUCACGCAUUACCUGAACGAAAUUCUGGACAACUCGCGUCCUAAAUCUUAUCAUUUCGACGGAGUACCCGCCCCACCUUCAUCUCCUCCCGACAUCGGUGCGCUCAAAUCUCUCGACCGCAACCUCAGGAAUUAUCAACCCACAACCGACAAGCAACGUACAUAUCGCUCUCUAUAUCGCCGGGAUCCUGACACGACCGGCACGGGAAAUGAACAUGACCAGCGAUCUCGACCCCAUAUCAGAUCCACUCUCGACAAUAUCUCUGGUCUUCCCUGCUCACGGACUGGGGCUUAUGCUGGGUAUACCAUUUCAGGAGGGGAACGGGCAAGUAGACAGCAGGGUCUUUCCGAGAUGGAACGCAACUUUCUCUCUCCAGAGCGAGUUGCUGCAGCAAAGUCUCGACUCCAGAAGAAGAAGGAUGAAAGUCGGAGAAGCAGGACUCUUGGAGGUGGAAGUUUCCGGGCUGUGGCUUCAGCGCGCUCCGCGGGAAGCUGA